AUGUCAGAUCAAAUACGUAAGGAGUUGUGUGAGUACAAGAGAGAUAAUCCUGCAAGCACACAAAAAGACUUGCAGAGAUGGCUUGAGGGAAAGUUUCAGUUGAAUGUUAGUCAAGGAACAAUAUCAAACACACUUAAACGGUCAAAUGACUAUCUCUCUGCUGAAAUAGAAAAGGGAAGAGCAGAGAUCAAAAGACACAAACCAGCAAAAUAUCCUGACAUGGAGAAGGUUAUUUAUGAGUGA